AUGGGGCUGUUGAAACACUUCCGCUCCAAGUCCCGCCUCAAGGACACCAGCCCGCAACCAACCAGCAGCCAACCUCCAAUGCCAUCGAUGCCGCAACACGUUCGCUACGGACCCGAUUACACGCAACGACUCCCCGACAAGGUCCUCGCCAACAUCUUCUCCUACGUCUGUCCCCACACCCUUGACUUCACAUACGAAACAUGUGAAGACUCUCAGAUAGGCGACGGCUGCAUGCUCUGUGACCUACGAGAUCUCUCAAAAUGUGCCCAAGCCUGCAGGAAGUGGUAUGCUGUGGCACAGGGAUUACUGUACACCAGCGUGCGGAUAGAUGCUGUGCAUUACUGCGAGCUGGAGGACAUCUUGGCGGAGAGGCGCAAGAAGGGCGGCAAGCACUUCCGGAGCAAGAGCGCGGUCGAACCGGUCGAGAUUCCAAAUAUAAGACUGCAAUUGCUGUGUCGGACAGUGAGGGAGCAGCGGAACUUGGCCGCGCAGACCUUGUUCCUGAAGAUACCAUACAUGACGAGAGAGACUGCAAAAGGAGACCUUGCACGGACGGUGUCGGCGCUGCCAAACCUGAGAUAUGUUGAUCUACCGGAUGGCUUCUACUCAGGGGACCCGAGCUGCUUGGCUUUGAGGCAGGAGCUGCAAGCCAGAUGCCCGGAUAUCAGGAAGAUGACAUACCGCAGCGGCUCUGAAGACGCGCUUGAAUUGCUGGCACAUCGACACUGGCAGGCGAUUCAGAUACUGGACUUGGUCAAUCUCUCGGUUGAACCGGCUACUCUUCGGAUAGUCCUGGCCAGCUUACCAACCCUGCACCAACUGACAUUGUCCGAUAUGACCUGGAUUGACGACACGAUAUUCCAGCCUGCGACUGGCAACAUUCCAGACUUCCCGCCCCUUCAACUGCUCAAGCUUAAAGACACACCUAAUGUUACGGCUCAAGGACUCAACAUCUGGCUACAAUCUCCACACGUGCGCGAGAUGCUUUUCUCCCUGACCUUGGAGUAUACCGGCGUUACGGUGCAAGACCUACAUACCGUGCUUUGGGAAGCUAGCAACAUCCAGCACUUGGCGAUUGUAGAGACUGUGUCCAAGUCACUUACCCUCACUGCACAGCAAAUACCGGCUCUGUCGUCGAUAUCGCUCAAAACAUUGCACUUCGAAAUCUCCAGCAGCGACGAUGUGCAUGGACUGCAGAAGCCGGCAGAGUCCUACUAUUCCUACUUGGCGUCAUCGCUGCACCAAAAUGCUUUGCCAGGCCUUUCGACGUUGUAUGUACGGGACCAGACCUUCCCCGAGUUGCUUCUCAUGCCGCCAAUUACUGCGCCAUUCGCCAAUGGAUCUGAUCGCGCAUCGUUGAAGAGCAAGCCGAGCAACAUCAGCGCUCAGUCAGGAUCACUGCGUGGUGCCCCAGUCAACGGCCGCGGCUUCAGCCAAACUCUUGAAGUCUUCUCCAAGGGCAUUGACGAGCUCGAGUGGGUGUUCACAUCGAUUGCUCCCGCUGCUGGAGGUCCAGGGAACAGAAACAGCAUGAUGACAGGCGGACGGCCUCUCAGCGCAUACAGCGCUUCGCGAGGACUAGGACCCCAGUGGGCCCAAGGCGGGUUCGGUGGCGAAGCUCGCAAGUCUGUGAUUGUUGGCAACGGGUUUGGUGGAUUCUUGGCUGUGCCGCAGGAAGAAGUGCCUCGACCGAUGACUUCGGAUGGAUCUAGUGGGGGUACUCGAUGGGGCAGUUUCGCGAGCGGUAAUAGCAAUGGAUCGGAGCAGAGUAGGGCCAGUUGGCUCAAGCCUCCGCCAAGUCUGGGUGGCAGCAGUGGUCAUGGACACGAACGGCGAGGCAGUCGACACGAUCUGUGGCGUUGA